AUGGAUCGCGCCGUAGCAAUCGAUCGUGCUCCAUCAGUUACCCAGGCAAUCGGCCCUACUAUAACUUCGUGUUCGGCCACCGAGGCUGGACAUCGUGAAGGGUCUCGCAAGAUCCUAGAGAAUCGUGUCUGGAUUCGUAUAGCAGUCAAGAGGCAUUCUGCGGAGAGGAGUGGAGACAAAUGUAUCGGGCCGCCUGUGACAUCACGCCGCGUUGUGGAGCUGAAACUUGGUUCUGGAAUCUGGCGCGCGCAGCCAAGGGGUAACAAGCACCGCCAUGGACGUUACGCGAUGCUUAGUGACGUGUCCCUCGCGAUCAAGCAUCAAGUUGGCAGGCCCGAGAAACAAGAUGGAAGAAGAAUAACGAAUUGCAUUGGUGGAAUCUGAAGCGUGCUGUAACGGUGCUGCGGCAGAGGUCAUGUUUUGGCGAAUGGAGGCUGGGGUAAACCAAUACCAGUUACCGGUGCACGUCGGGAUCUCCUGCACCU